AUGUUAACAAGACGUCUUAUAUCGUCAUUAUUAGCGAAAACACAUUGUCGUUGUAUUCAAACGAGUGCUAUUGUUAAUGCAAGUCAACAACAAAACUCUUCAACAAAUUAUGAUAAAUCUCUUUAUGAUUCAACACGCAAAAAUUUGUAUAUUAAUAGUGAAACACGAGUAAUAUGUCAAGGUUUUACUGGUAAACAAGGAACAUUUCAUUCUCAACAAGCACUUGAUUAUGGUACAAAAUUAGUUGGUGGUGUUAGUCCAAAAAAAGCUGGUACUAAACAUUUAGGUUUGCCAGUAUUUAAAACAGUACAUGAUGCUAUGAACGAAACCGGUGCAACAGCUACAGUCAUUUAUGUUCCACCACCAGGUGCUGCUGAAGCUAUUCUGGAAGCUAUGGAUGCUGGUAUUGGUUUAAUUGUAUGUAUAACAGAAGGUAUUCCACAACAUGAUAUGGUUAAAGUUAAAUAUCAACUUGUAAGACAAAAUAGAUCACGUCUUGUUGGACCAAAUUGUCCAGGUGUUAUCGCUCCUGGUAAAUGUAAAAUUGGAAUUAUGCCUGGCCAUAUUCAUCGACCAGGUCCAAUAGGUAUUGUAUCACGUAGUGGUACAUUAACUUAUGAAGCUGUUCAUCAAACUACACAAGCUGGUCUUGGUCAAUCAUUAUGUGUUGGUAUUGGUGGUGAUCCAUUUAAUGGUACUGAUUUCAUUGAUUGUUUAGAUUUAUUUUUAAAUGAUCCAGCUACGCAAGGUAUUAUUCUUAUUGGUGAAAUAGGUGGUAAUGCUGAAGAAGCAGCUGCUGAAUAUCUUAAACAAAAUAAUAUUGGAUCAAAAGCUAAACCUAUUGUUGCUUUUAUUGCGGGACAAACAGCUCCACCUGGUCGUCGUAUGGGUCAUGCUGGUGCUAUUAUAAGUGGAAAAUCUGGUGGUGCUGAAGGAAAAAUUCAAGCGUUAAAAGAUGCAAAAGUUGCUGUUAGUGAUUCUCCAGCUAAAAUGGGUCAAUUAAUGCAUAAAUUAUUGAAAGGCUAA